AUGACUAACAAGAUUUUGGACUGCUUCAAAAAUCAAUUCAUUGAGCAAGGUGAGCUAGGUGGCGCGCAGUUUGCCAUCAAUGAAAAUGCCAGCGGGAUAAUACGUGCGGAACGGGCAAAGAGAUCUAUUGUCAGCAUGAUGAUGCUGGAGAAAGAGCAAGAGAAGCGCAGUAAGAAGAACAAGGUGGUUCCAAAAGAUACAGUUGAACCGCUAGAAUCUUGGCCUGAAUCAGGAGAAGAGGAAGAUGAUGAUAAGGAAGAAGAGGUCCGUGAAGGAGCAUUAGCUUCGAGCACAAACAAGCCGCUUCCAGACGUUGGUUAG